UUCUGGACGGUAAAAAUGGAGCCCUGGUUCCACGAGUUACCAUGAUUUCACAUUGGUCUCCUCGGUUCUGGAUGAUAUCUGCCGAGCCGUGCGGGCUUUUAGCCACUCGGCACGAUGCUCGGAUAGCUGGUACAUCUGAGGGUCCACCAGAAGAACGGGAGGGACACUCGGGCUGCUGAAAUCCUGCUCGUUUUUUGAAGGGUCGCAGAUGGGGCAAACAGGGAGACAACGAAGCAGAAGGGAGGCAGAUUCCGAGAGCCCCGAAGGGCGGGGUCCCCCUGUGCAGCCACAGCAAAUGUCCAACAGCAGCUCCAUCAGCCACUUCCUCCUGCUGGCACUGGCAGAGAUGCGGCAGCUGCAGCUCCUGCACUUCUGCCUCUUGCUGGGCAUCUCCCUGGCUGCCCUCCUGGGCAACAGCCUCAUCAUCAGCGCCGGAGCCUGCGGCCACCACCUGCACACGCCCAUGUUCUUCUUCCUGCUCAACCUGGCCCUCAGCCACCUGGGCUCCAUCUGCACCCCUGUCCCCAAAGCCAUGCACAAUUCCCUCUGGGACACCAGCACCAUCUCCUACUCAGCAUGUGCUGCUCAGCUGUUUCUGUUUCUCUUCAUCUCAGCAGAGUUUUCCGUUCUCACCAUCAUGUGCUACGACCGCUACAAAAUCCUGCACCUUAGACCACUGUCCGCCAAGGAAGAACAGAGCCCUGUGGACUAUUCCUAG